AUGGCAGCGACAACUAUUUCUAUUGAACAAGACCAAUUUUGUUGUUCGGUGUGUCUGGAGGUUUUGACAGACCCUGUUACGAUCCCCUGUGGACACAGUUACUGUCUGGACUGCAUUGAAGACUACUGGAACAGGCCCAAGCAGAAAGGCCAGUACAGCUGCCCUCAGUGCAGGCAGGUGUUCAACCCCAGACCUCUGCUGAGUAGGAACACCGUUCUGGGUGAAGUGGUGGAAAAGUUUCAGCAGACCGGAUUUCAAGAUGCAGCUCAACACCAACCAACCAAACCUGGGGAUGUGAAAUGCAGCGUCUGCACAAGGAGAAAAAGCAAAGCGGUUAAAUCUUGCCUUGUGUGCUCAGAGUCUUACUGUGGGACUCACUUGAGACUCCAUGAAGAACAUUUUCAUGGGAAGGCCCAUAAAUUAAUUCCAGCAGCUCUCGAUCAGCUGAGAGAGAAGUUGUGCCCGCAACAUGACAAGUUACUGAGAGGUUACUGUCGCACUGACCAGCAAGGUGUUUGUUCCCAGUGUGUUAAAGACAGACACAAGAGCCAUGAUGUGGUGGCAGCAGAGGACGAAAGAGCAGCACAACAGAAAAAACUCCAGGAAAGCUCUUUGAAGUCUGUGCAGAAAUUGAAGGACUCAGAGAGGGAACUUAGAUACAUUGUCAGGUACAUCAAGCACUCUACAGAGGCAGUGGUGGAGGAGAGUGAGAGGAUUUUCUCCAAGCUGAUCCGCUCCAUAGAGAAACAAAGCUGCGAGGUGAAGGAGCUGAUCAGAGUCCAGGAGAGGGCGGCUGUCAGUCAGGCUGAGGAGCUGCUGGAGAAAAUACAGAAGGAGAUAACUGAGCUCAGGAGGAGUGAUGCUGAGCUGGAGAAGCUCUCUCACACUGAGGACCACCUUCAUUUCCUUCAGAAGUGCAAGUCUCUUCACUUCCCUGCAAAGACGGUGGCGAUGCCGAGCACUGAUACACUUCAAUAUAUGAUGUACAAAAGCAUGAGAAGAGCUCUGGCUGAUCUGAAGGACACUUUGGAUGAAACACUUGAAAGAGACUACAACAGGAUCUCAGAUAAAGUGAUUUCACUGAAGGAAACCAACAGUCAAAAUACUUCUGAAAAGGCUAAAGUAAAAGAUACGAACAUACCCUACAACUCAGAACCAAAGACGAGAGCUGAUUAUCUUCACUAUUACCACGACAUAAUCCUGGACCCCAACACAGCCAACCCAUAUCUGUGCUUCUCUGACAGUCGAAGAGGUGUGACCACAAUUGCAGAGCCACAGUCGUACCCGGACCACCCCGAUCGCUUCACCAGCUGGGCCCAGGUGCUGUGUCGAGCUGGGAUGGCUGGACGCUGCUACUGGGAGGUAGAGUGGACUGGUAACGGUGGUGUUUCUAUUGGUAUCUGCUACAAAAACAUGAGCAGGAGCGGAGGAGGGAGUGACAGCAAGCUUGGACACAACUCCAAAUCCUGGAGUCUGGACUGCUCUUACUCAGUCUGCUCAUUUCAGCACAACAAGCAGAGUGCGACUGUCGCUGCUCCCUGCUGUAACAGGAUAGGAGUGUAUCUAGACUUCAGGGGUGGGAUUCUGUCUUUCUACAACAUUUCUGACACAAUGGUUUUACUCCACAAAGUCAAGACUUCAUUUACCCAGCCAGUGUAUCCAGGAUUUUGGGUGGGAUUGGGCUCUACUUUGAAGUUGGUCUCUAUUUAACUGU